UCUUCUAUUGUUUUUUUUCAACAAAAAUAGAACGAGAACGAUAGAACCCGGAACCAAGCGCAAGCGCGCUCAAUCGAACUCCUAUAAAUCAAUUAUUAGUUGAAUUUUUAUCCCAACUGUAAACCAAAUUUGAUCUCUAUUCGAACUUGUUUUCCAAGCAGCGUCAUUAUUGAUCUAUAUAUACUCUUCUCCCUCUUAAUGCGCGCGCGCGCGCGCUCUCUCCCUCUCUCUCUCUCUCUCUCUCUCUCUCUCUCUCUCUCCACUACUCUGCUUUUCUCUUGUUAAGAGUUUUAGAAUCGGCUCCUCUCUCCUUCUCUGGGAUUUUCUCGAGCAUAAAGAUGGGAUCUUCGAAGAGCGAUAGCGGCGAAACUGAUGAUGACUUGCCAGAUCCUGGCACACUUCGGGCUUCGAGAAGUGCGCAUAAUUCCGGAGCCACGGAGAUGGCCUCAGCUCCAUUAUCUCGCGGAGAAGAUGAAAUAGACAUAGAACUUCAAGUUCACUGCUUGGAGACUAAAGCGUAUAGUGCUGUUUUAAGAGCAUUCAAUGCUCAAUCAGAUGUUCUUUCAUGGGAGAAGGCAGAACUUAUAUCGGAUAUAAGGAAGGGACUCAGAAUUUCUAGUGCUGAGCACAAGGAAAUUCUCAGGAAAAUCAGUUCUGAUGAAUUGGUCAAGUCUAUACGGACACGGCAGAUGGACUCUGACACUCAGAUGACAACUUGUGAAAGGUUGAAAUCCGGGUAUGCAGCUGCCUCGUUGCUCGCAUUGUACCCAUGUAGUGUUCAACCUUUGCCUGCAGCUGUUCCUUCGUCCUUGGCAGUAAGUAAUUGUGAUUUAAAGAGGACAAAUCUCAUAGAUGAUCACUGCGGCGGCCAUGCAUUCUCCCCUCAACUGAACAGAAGAAAGGUAACUCAAGAUAGACAGCCACGAAGCAUGGCAAAACCUGGAGGUUUGCUGGUUGUACGGACAUCUAAGAAGUGUUCUGUUCCUUCCGGGACUGAUAGCUUGAAACCUAGACCAGAUGUAAUCGAGAUCCGUGCAACUGAUGAACUUAUCAAUGAGAUCGAGAAAUUCUGUCGAGAGAAUCCAGACCGAGCUAAUGUGAAGAGGGCAAAAUCAAUCCUCAGAGAUCAUGAGAAAGCCCUAAUGGAAGCGAUUGGUAGACUUAGCUGCUGAUCUCUCAGGCAGCGGUGACUGAGUCAGCUAUCUUUCUAGUCUCUCUUACGCUACCAGAGUUUCUUGUACUCUGUGCCAGAGCUAGAAAGGAACGGACGUGGAUGCGAUGAUGCUGUAUAUUGGCAGAUUGAUUGAUUGAUUCGACGAGAAACUGCAAAAGUGAGAACUGAAUUGUGCUGUGGGAGCUGUUAACCUUCAAGGCAACGAAUUUUUGACUCCCGUCUUCAGGACACUAAGCUGGGGAGCCUCUCUAACAUCAGGAUGAUUUCUUAUUUUUUUCUUUUUUUGGGAGAGGGGGGGUGGUGUAAAAAUACUGCAACAUUGACAUGAUCCAGCACUACCUCAUUGGCUGGUGAUGAGGAAA